GAGCACGCCCAGCGCAAGCCCAACAAGUGACUCCCACCUGCCUCCCUGCCUCUGGCCAUGGCCUGUCAGCAUCUGGCCCUCCUUCUGACUGGGGUCCUCCUAGCAGCCUCCCAGCCAACCCUCACCCAGCCGGACACACUGCUGGUCUUCCCAGGCCAAGUGGCCCAACUCUCCUGCAUGCUCAGCCCCCGCUAUGCCACGGUCGGGGACUACGGCGUGUCUUGGUAUCAGCAGCGGGCAGGCAGCGCCCCCCGCUUGCUCCUCCACUACCGCUCAGAGGAGGACAACCACCGCCCCCCUGACAUCCCUGACCGAUUCUCGGCAGCCACGGAUGCAGCCCAUAAUGCCUGCAUCCUGACCAUCAGCCCCGUGCAGCCUGAAGACGCUGCGGAUUAUUACUGCUCCGUGGGCUACAUACCCUAG